GUAUGGUUUUAGUGCGCAACGCUGACGGUCGCGCCAGUUCGCAGCUCUUAACACGUUGGUGCCGAAAGUGCCGAAAGUCGACGCGCUCGCGUUUCGUCCCUCGCUUGAAUUCAAUUCCGUGAGACACAGUGCUUGCGAUUUCAUCGGAGGACAAUAGCUCAGCACUCUCUGCCCAUCUCGGUUUGCCUAACAUAUAAUCCUGCAUAUUUUAUGAGGAGAAUAUCCAUGGACACCAGCCGAGUUUAAGGGACUGAGUGGUGGCAUACAUCCGGAGGGAUUCGAGCGUUGCAACAAGGUCUGCAGUAAUGCAUUGGAAAUGCUCUCCAGUUUCUCGGCCCAGAGCUGAGCAACACGGUGGCCAUAAAUAUUUGACAAUCGCGGAGAAUCGAAAGUGAAGCAACUAUUCUUGCGCCAGCUGCCAAGAGCCGCCGCAAUCAGGAGGCAAACAAUUGUGAGAAGGACGAAAAGGACUAGCAAGCGAAACGAGACGGGCGCUAGCAAAUAAAAAAUGAAAAUUAAAAUAUUUCCGCUGACAGCGGAUGCAGCGACAAUUGCCGCGGGUCGCCGGAACAGACGGGCGGCGGGGAAGCUGCAGCGGAAGCGAGAAAUGCCGGAAGUAUCCUCCCGGCUAAUUGUUGCCACUGCCACCGCCGCCGUCGCCGUCGCCUCGAUUAUCUGCCUCUCAUUCUCGCUGCCCGGCUGUGGCGCCCAGGAGAGCGACGACGAGGGGGAGCUGCACCACCUGGACCAGCUGCACCACCAGCACCAGGACUUCAUCAUCGGCGAGUCCGAGGAGCACGAUCACAUCGCCCACCAUCUGGCGGAAAUGCAAAAUAAGGAUGAGCUACUGGAGGACAUACGCGAGGAUUCGGUCGUCAAUGCGAUUCCCGAGAAAGAUCUUCCCAAGUUCGGAGAACUCCUGCAGAACGUGACGGUGCCCGUCAGUCGGGAGGCGGUACUCCAGUGCGUGGUCGACAAUUUGCAGACCUAUAAGAUUGCGUGGCUACGUGUCGAUACACAGACCAUUUUAACGAUACAAAAUCACGUCAUAACCAAAAAUCAUCGCAUGAGCAUAACUCACGCCGAGAAACGUGCCUGGAUUUUGCGUAUACGUGAUGUGAAGGAGUCCGAUAAAGGCUGGUACAUGUGCCAAAUAAACACGGAUCCCAUGAAGAGCCAAGUCGGCUAUCUGGACGUUGUCGUGCCCCCCGACAUACUGGACUAUCCGACCAGCACCGAUAUGGUAAUACGUGAGGGCUCCAACGUAACCCUCAAGUGCGCCGCCACGGGAUCGCCAACUCCGACGAUAACCUGGCGACGCGAAGGUGGCGAACUGAUACCGCUGCCAAAUGGCGCCGAGGCCGUCGCCUACAACGGAUCCUUCCUGACCAUCGCCAAAGUGAACCGCCUGAACAUGGGCGCCUAUCUCUGCAUCGCCUCCAAUGGCAUCCCGCCAACAGUCAGCAAGCGCGUGAUGCUCAUUGUGCACUUUCCGCCCAUGAUUUGGAUACAAAAUCAAUUAGUCGGCGCUGCCCUUACCCAGAACAUCACCCUGGAAUGCCAGUCGGAGGCGUAUCCCAAGUCCAUCAACUAUUGGAUGAAGAACGACACGAUUAUUGUGCCAGGCGAGCGCUUUGUGCCGGAAACCUUUGAAUCGGGCUACAAAAUAACCAUGCGCCUGACCAUUUACGAGGUGGACAUCCAGGACUUCGGUGCGUAUCGAUGUGUGGCCAAGAACUCCCUGGGCGACACCGACGGGUCCAUCAAACUGUACCAUAUUCCCCAGACCACCACGAUGACGACAAUGGCUCCGACGGCAGCGAUCAACACGGUGCCCGUGGUGCUCGUCAAGUACAACAAAGAGCAACGGUACGGCAGCAGCCAGAACAGCAACAGCAAUCCGUACAACUUCAAUCCCGGCAACAGUCAGCAGAACUCCAAGCUGCAGCGCGGCAAGUCCAACAGCAAGGGCUCGGAUCAGUCCUCGUCCGGGCUGAACAACGUCUACGUGGGGGCCACGUCCAGCCUGUGGAACUCGCAGGAUCACCACUCCUCCACCUCCGCCGCGUCCUCGAGGGGAAGGGAUCACCACCAGCAGCAGCAGCACCACCAGCAGCAGCAGCAAAACCACGGAUCCGAUCACAGCGCCUCCUACCGCUCCGAAGGCAAGAGCCCGCACCUCACCAAGCACGACGCCAAGUCCUUGACCGAUGACCUGGAUCGCAUGCAGGAUCUGAAGGGCUGGGCCAGCCGGAUGGCACCCGUUGCGCCGAUCCUUGGACUUGCGCUGAUCCUGGGAGUCGGCUAUCUGGGGCCGUGGCCGGGCUAAAAGUGUACAAAGGGCAUAAGGAUAUCCGGUGUUAGUCUAGCUAAGAUAAACUACUUUGUAAGCAAUAACCUUAUAAAUCGUGUUGGUCGUGGAACUAUU